AUGUCUAAUAGAAGAAGGGCAUACCCACAGCCUCAAUAUUCUGCUGCAAGCGGAGCUCCACCUGCUGGUUUUGUAGCCGGUGUAUCACCAUAUGGCGGUGUUGAUCAAUUAGGUCAACAAUUUCAAAACCUCCAAGUUGGUGCCCCUGGCAUUGCCCCUGGUGUUGCCCCAGGUGCCAAUGGUGCUUCUGGAAUCCCUCCAGCUGGAGCCAAUGCCUACCAGUAUGGCCAACCUGCUGGUGUACAACCUCAGGCCCAAGUCCCUGUGCAACAACCAUACCAACAACAACAACAGCCAGGUCAAGGUUAUGACUACACUGCCGGAUAUAAUGCUCCAACGAACGGAUAUCAAGCACAAGGUGCUGCAGGUGCCGCUUAUGGUGCAUCUGGAUAUGGGCAAACUCCAGCUCUUCCUUUGAACCAACUCUACACUGCAGACUUGUUGAAAGAAUUGCCACCAUCAAUCAGUGAUUUAUCAUUACCACCACCUCCAUUAGUUUUGCCAGCAAAUUCUGCUCUUGUACCAACCUCAGAGCUGUCCAAUGCUUCUCCGGAAUAUUUCAGAUCUACCAUGAAUGUGAUUCCAAACAACAAUUCACUCGCAAAGAAAUCUAAGUUGCCAAUGGCUCUUGUUGUUAGACCAUACAAUGCUUUAAAGAUUGAAGACGAAAAUGUUCCAGUUACAUCUGACACUAUCAUUAGUAGAUGUCGUCGUUGUCGUGGUUACAUCAAUCCUUUCGUUACCUUAACUGAACAAGGUAGACGUUGGAGAUGUAACUUCUGUAACUUACUUAACGAUAUCCCAAGCUCUUUCGAAUACGAUGAAGUUAGUGGUACCUCUAAGAACAAGUUUAGUAGAGUUGAAUUAAACCAUUCCGUUGUUGAAUUCGUUGCACCAAAGGAAUAUAUGGCAAGAUCACCUCAACCAAUUGUUUACACCUUCAUCAUUGAUGUUUCUAUUGAAGCUGUAUCCACUGGUUUGACUGGAACUAUUACCAGAACUAUUUUGGAAAGCUUGGACCGUAUUCCUAACCAAAACAACACUGCCAGAGUUGCCUUCAUUGGUGUUGAUUCGAGUUUGCACUACUUCAGAUUCAACGAAGGCUUGGAAGGUACCGAAGUAUUGAUUGUCUCUGACAUAGAUGAACCAUUUUUGCCAUCUCCAGAUGGAUUAUUGGUCAAUUUGAACGAAAAUAGACCAGCAAUUGAGAAAUUGUUAGUUGAUUUCCCAUCUUACUUUGAAAACACUGCCAACAAUAAAUUCGCUCUUGGUCCAGCAUUGAGAGCUGCUCACAAGAUGAUUUCAAACAUUGGUGGUAAGUUAGUUUGUUUCGCUGCAUCUUUACCAAAUAUUGGUGAAGGUAAGUUACAAGCUAGAGAAGAUCCUAAUGUAUCUGGAAAGGCAAAGGAAUCUCAACUCUUGUCAGCUGCUGAUAGUUUCUACAAGAGUUUUGCAGUGGAAUGUAACUCUGCUCAGGUGACUGUGGACUUGUUCUUGACUUCCGGUAAAUACCAAGACGUUGCUUCGUUAUCGAACUUACCACGUUUCACUGCCGGUCAAACUCACUUUUACCCUGCAUGGACCUCUGGUAAGAUGGAAGACGUCACAAAGUUAUCUAAGGAAGUAUCCGAUCAUUUGUCUAUGGAUAUCGCUUUGGAAGCUGUAUUAAGGGUUAGAGGAUCAACUGGUCUUAGAAUGAGUUCUUUCUAUGGUAACUUCUUCAACAGAUCUUCUGAUUUGUGUUCAUUCCCAACUUUCCCAAGAGAUCAAAGUUAUGUUAUUGAAAUGUCUAUAGAAGAAAACAUCGCUAAGCCUGUUGUUUACUUCCAAGCAGCUGUUUUACAUUCUACUUGUUUCGGUGAAAGAAGAAUUAGAGUCAUGAACUUGGCCAUUCCAACAUCUUCUAAGUUGGAUGAUAUAUAUGCUUCUGCUGAUCAAUUGGCUAUCACUAACUACUACACUCACAAAGCUAUUGAAAAGGCUAUCUCUUCAUCAUUGGCUGAUGCUAGGGAUUACUUAUCCAAAUCUUUGAUUGAUAUUUUGAAUGUCUACAAGAAAGAAUUGGUGGCCGGUAAUGUUGCAGGAUCAUCUCCAUUGCAAUUAUCCACCAACUUGAGAAUGUUGCCAUUAUUAUUAUUUUCUUUGACUAAACAUUUGGGUUUUAGAAAUGAUCGUGUUCCAUCUGAUCUUAGAUCCAAUGCUCUUAACGCUUUGGGAUCAUUGCCAAUUCCACAUUUAAUUAAAUACAUUUAUCCUACUGUUUAUUCAUUGCACAACAUGGAUGAUGGAUGUGGUUUGCCAGAACAAAUAGUUAACGUUGAUGAAGAAACUGGGGAAGAAGUUACUACUACUUCUACUGAAAUCUUGUUACCUGAACCAAUGAACGAUACUAGAUCUGGUUGGGAAAACUAUGGGUUAUACUUGAUUGAUAACUCCACUGAAUUGUUCUUGUGGGUGUCUGGUGAUGUUGUUCCAGGUUUAGUAUAUGAUCUUUUCGGUACUGACAACUUGUACGAAGUCCCAACUGGUAAGACUGAAUUACCAGAAUAUUCUUUCGAAGAGUCUGAAUUUAACUACAGAGUUCGCCAAAUUAUUGGUAAGAUAAGAGAAAAUCCAGAUUCUAUUACUUGGAAGAAUUUAUAUGUUGUUAUUGGUGGUUCUUCUAAUGAACCAAUUGAAAUCACUAACCAGCGUGACUUGCAAGCUUUGAGAAUGUGGGCAUUGAGUUGUUUGAUUGAAGAUAAGACACAAAACGAACAAGGAUACAGAGAAUUCUUGAGUGCUUUAAAGACUAAAGUCUCCCAAUGA